AUGGCAGCUGAUGAAUUAUGCAUAAAUGAACUAGUUGAACGUAUUCAAGAAUUUCUUUUGUAUAACCCGGAAUUAAUAUUAACAAAUCUCGUUUUAAUUCAUCGGUUUGUUACCGAAUAUGAUCAUUUUACAGAAUUACAAACCUUUUGUCUUAAUACGAUUAAUCAAGAUCCUGCGAUAUUUUUUGAGGCCAAAGAUUUUAUUACGAUAGAUCAAAAUACAUUAUUAUUUAUACUUAAAGCCAGUAAUCUUAUUAUGAAAGAAAUUGAUUUAUGGAAUAAAAUAGUUGAAUGGGGAAUUGCACAAGAUCCUUUACUCUCACAUGAUAUUAAGACGUGGACAUCCGAUCAUUUUUCAACGUUUCGAAACAUAGUACAACCAUUCGUUAAUUGUAUUAAAUUUUCGCUAAUAAGUCAGGAUGAUUUCUUUGAAAAAGUUCGACCUUUUAAUCAAGAAAUUGGGGUAGAAUCAUUAUCAUCAGGAAUAGGAACAUAUUCGGGUCCUAGUUUUGGUGGAUCCGAAACAGAUUUACAAUUAUGGGGAAAUUUCAAUGAAGAACGUUAUUGUAGAUGUGUAAAGACAAGUUAUGAAUAUAAAAUCAGAGAAAGUGAAGAUUACUUUUCUGUCGAUGAUUAUGAAGUGUUUCAAGUGGUUAGAAUAUUUUCGACAACUUAA